UUGAUUACAUCUCAUUUUAUCUGAAAUGCUGCUGUCGAUACAUAAUGUCCACAAAUCUUAUUUUAGAAAUGAUUUCCUUCUCAGCCACUGGCCGCGGCAGGACGAAGGAGGGCUAACACGCUAGGUUUCCACGUCUCCUGGGGGUCCGCAGUGCUGUCUGAAUCCAUGGCUCGGCAAUCGACUUCUCACUCCUUUGUUUGCAUUUUCCUUUCUGUCUAUUCUUGGAAGCUCGAUGCUCUACUUGUCUCCCCUGGGUGUCUGCUCUAUGAAUCUGCAAUCCUUUAGCUGUCCUGCCCUAUCUCGCCCGUUGUCUGCUCCAUCGCUCGGCAAUCCUCUCCUUCCGCCCUCUGGGAACGUCGUCUGCUCGAUCGGCUCGGCGGUCUUUCUUUUCCCUCCAGUGGAGGUCCUGAGCUGGCCCCGCUCGGCACUCCACUAUGCCCCCUGGGCAGUCUGUCUGGUCGAUGGUAUCGGCGAUCGUUCUCUCUCCCCUGCCUAUGUAACCCAUAGUCUGGGGCUCCGCGCCGCCGUCUGAUGAGCUCCUCUUCGUCCGCUGCUUGUGCUAACGUGACCGGCGCCGUGUCUGGCUCGUUGUGAUCGGCGCUCGUCGUCUCUUCCUUGUGGCUGUGGUGUGAUCGGCGCUCGCUAGCUCUCCCCUUACUGGCGAUGAAUGGCCGCUGCUGUUCCCGGAGCCGCUGAGACCCGAGCACCGGAAGCGGGAACCGGGGGGAAGCGGACCGCGGUGAGAGCAGGAGGACCGACCACCUGGCCUCUACAUCCUCCAUCUCUCACUUUCUCCCCCUGAUCUGUCGUCAUGUCUCAGACUCUACAAAUGGAGAUCCCCAACUUUGGGAACAGUAUCCUGGAGUGCCUGAACGAGCAGCGCCUCCAGGGCCUGUACUGCGAUGUCUCCGUCGUGGUCCGCGGACACCAGUUCAAAGCCCACCGGGCCGUCCUGGCGGCGAGCAGCUCUUACUUCAGAGACCUCUUCCACAACAGCAAGAACCCGGUGGUGGAGCUGCCCGGUUCGGUCCAACCUCAGUCCUUCCAGCAGAUCCUCAGCUUCUGUUACACCGGGCGGCUCAGCAUGAACGUCGGAGACCAGUUCCUUCUCAUGUACACGGCCGGCUUCCUGCAGAUCCAGGAGAUCAUGGAGAAGGGGACAGAGUUCUUCCUGAAGGUCAGCUCGCCCAGCUGUGACUCCCAAGGUUUGCACCCUGAAGAAGCUCCAAGCUCCGAACCUCCCAGCCCGGCCGCGGCCGCAGCAGUCGCGGCAGCCGCCUCGGCCGUGGCUUCACUAUCGUCCUCAUCAUCUUACUCCACCUCCCGGGCACCACGGGUGAAAACGGAGAGCCAAGAGUCUGAUUCAGUGCAGUGCACUCCAGUAGCGAAGAGACUGUGGGAUGGGGGGCAGAAGGAGGCCGGAGGGGCAAAUAGAAAGGUGCCCCGCUUUUCUCAAGCAGCGUCUGGUGGGUCAUCGGGUGCUGUGGCCCCACAAGGGUCAGAGAGGACGAGCCCAGGAACGUCCAGCGCGUACACAAGUGACAGCCCGGGAUCUUAUCACAAUGAGGAGGACGAGGAAGAGGAGGCCGGAGAGGACGGCACAGAGGAGCAAUACAGGCAGAUCUGCAAUAUGUAUACAAUGUACAGCAUGAUGAACGUCAACCAAACCGAAUAUUCUUUGAAUCCUUCAGCUGAGAAGGUGGAAGCUCUGCCGGACCCCGUCUUUUCAGACUCCAGGAACCGCGUGCGUGUCAAGCAGGACCUGGCUACCCUCCCAGCGGAGCUCAUCAGUCAGAUCGGCAACCGCUGUCACCCAAAACUGUAUGAAGAAGGAGACCCGGCUGAGAAGAUAGAACUUGUGACAGGAACCAACGUGUUCAUCACCCGCGCUCAGCUCAUGAACUGUCACAUCAGCGCCGGGACACGCCACAAGGUUCUGCUGCGCAGGUUGCUGGCGUCUUUCUUUGACAGGAACACUCUAGCAAACAGCUGUGGCACUGGAAUCCGCUCCUCCACCAAUGACCCGAGCAGGAAGCCUCUGGACAGCCGGGUCCUGCACGCCGUAAAAUUCUACUGUCAGAAUUUCGCCCCGAACUUCAAGGAAAGCGAGAUGAACGCCAUCGCAGCGGACAUGUGUACGAAUGCCCGACGCGUGGUGCGCAAGAGCUGGAUCCCAAAACUGAAGCUGCUGAUGGCCGAAGGAGACGCCUACACGUCCUUUAUCAACGACACCGGCAAAAUGGAGCCUGACCUGAUAGGCGGAGGCACCCCCGCGGAUCAUAGUGCGGGCUUCGAUGGCGAGCCGGGAGAGGGAAUGCCUUGAUGGUCUUGCACGAACCUCCCCCCCCCCCACCCCCUC